AUGGAAAGGGCUCAACUGCUGCCAAAUAAAAAGGGAGUAGGUGUUCAACUGGGCUUUGGGAUCAGAAAUUCGGGGCUAUACAUUUCGACCGCGGAGAGACAACAAGGUGAGAGAGGCAGGUGGAUACAUGGUGGAGUUGAUGACUUUGAAGCUUCUCGUGACGUUAAGCUUCACAUGACGAGUAAGGAGCGUUUUAUAGACUGUAGUUACGACAGCGUUUCCAAUCUAGCAGAUUCGACGGGUUCGAGUGAAGAUGCCUUAAUCGAUUCUGUUAGUGACAGCGACGGAGAAAACCAUACCAUUUAUGAGUCAGCGCUAGGCGUACAGAACAUGUCAGCUUUAAAGGAAUCAGGCCAGAUAAAAUUGUUCAAAAAUGUUCAAUUGAUGACAGAGUCUAGCUACGACACUAAAGUUAUCAAUCCUACCACACCAAGUACUUACGUUCCGGGUGCUGUUAUUAAAAACUUAGAAACACCUGUUUCAAAGGGUGGUUUUGAUGUUACAAGUACGGUGCUAAGAGGCUCCCCCUUGCCUAGUUUGAUAGUUGACCCAACCAGUUUCAACACAUUUAACAUGGGGCCCAUUCAUACUACAACAGCUCUGCGCAUGAAUAGGGAUGCCAAUCACAUAGUGGCAUUUGCAUCCGGCGAAACACUUAGCUUGUUGAACGUAGGCCUUUUAGAUGAUCGUGCCGGAUUGCAAAAUCCUGACAAUAUUGUUAAGUUCGACCUAAACUCCAAGAUCAAAAACAUUGUUUUUCCAAGGUUUUCCGCAAUUCUCAAUAGGGCUUCAGACUGUUUCGCUGUUAUCACGACUAAUUCCUUAUGUGUCUUUCAAGUUCGAUCUAUCGAUCUUGUAACUGGUUUUAUGCAGAUUGACAAGUUGGAGCCGUUACAUUUUCAUGCCCUUGAAGAUUUAUGUUUUGCAGACGUAUCGUUUAAUCCAUGGGAUUUCAACGAAUUCGCUGUUGUAGAUGUCAAAGGUAAUUGGGCAAUGGGAAAUAUAGUCAAGAAAGCGUCACGCCCUUCUCGACUGCGACUCUCGGGGAACAAAAGAGGUAGUGUUUACGAUCCUGAGGAUAUAUCAUCUUUUCACCAGGUAACUUGGGGCGCGGAGUAUUUUUGUCUAAUCCUAAUUAGUAGGUCAAAUUUGAUCGAGCUAAAUCUAAAGGCUAAGACAGAACUGAGAGUUAUUGAAGCAAAGUCCUGGUCAACGUUGCGCGACUUCAAGCGUAUCAAUGACCAAUUCUGCAUUCUGACGACAAGUAAAGAGAUCAUUCUGAUUAGCUUCAAAGGCAGGGAUAUUGAAAGAGUAAUUUCGUGGAAACACUGUUUAGAUCCCGCAGACAUCACAUUCAAGAGUGAGGUAAGGCAUGUAAACGGCACAGAUUGGGGUAGCGCCUACGAUGAGCUAUUUUUCGUUUUCAUAACCUCUUCCAAUAAACCUCAAGUCCUCCUGCAUGUCUUUGCCAAAAGCGGCCCCGUGUUCCAAUCUAUUGGUGGUUCGUCGAUACUUCAAAUCGGUAAUUCAAAAUCUGGGAUAAGCUCUAUGAUUGCUCCCCAAAUUUCAUGGAGGGGCAACAGCUCUUCAGGUGUUAUAGAUCCUAAAGAUAUGCAAGGAUUUUGUUGUUUCGUGAGGGAAGCCGAUUCUUCCGCCAUUUGGCGCGUGCAGUUAUCGAAAACCGAUCUUCCUAUUGCGUCAAAUCUGGGGAAUGCAAACACUUCCAUCAUAAAUGAUUCGGCGGACAUUUCCAACACAGAAGCAUUUGAGAAUUAUCUAGACUUGCAAACAACUUUACCAUCUGAUAUGAAUGAUUUUGGCCGCUCAAGACAGGAGGCCAUACUUCAACAAUAUGGUUAUGAAGUCUCAGAAGCUACGAAUAAACUUCUUGGAACGUGGAAUCAAGAGGGUAGCAACGAUGGUGACCUUCGGAACAUCAGGGCCUAUUCUAUAUAUGAUCUAGCUCCCGAUGUGAGUGCUGUGGAGAACAUGGAAGAGCUUGGCUCCUUACUCCAGCAAUUUCAGGAGCACUAUCAAGAUCAAGAAAUUUGGUUUGGUGAAAUAGCGGGCAUCUCAUCCCUGCUAGUUCAGGAAGAGAUCACGGACUUAGAGGUUCUUUACAACAAACUUUUACAAUGUUGGGCAUUUGGCUUUGGAAACGAUGUCUCGGUCACAAAGGAAAUUGUGAAAGCAGUAAUCUUGAAGUCUCUCGGAGUCUGCAGUCCGUCAUUAAUUUCCCAGUCCACUGCCAAGGUGUAUGAGCAAUUGCCAGAAAAGGAUCGUGAGCUAAUAGACUUAUGGGAAGAUUCUGACGUAGGUGCAAGUGAAGAGUCGUUUUCUACUUCAAAAAAUUCUAUUCACGACGAAACAUCACAAAUGUCUUCGAUACCUCCAUCCGUCAAGUCCUCGCAGCCCAAAUCAUCACAAGUCAAGAUUUCAGGACCUCGACGGGCAGGAGAGUCAUAUGUGCAACGCUUGUCCCGAGCCGCUUCACAACCGGUUGUCGGUCGGCCCGGGGCCUCGAAGUCACAAGGCUCUGCAAGUGUGGAUGGUUUCACUACCUUGCCCGAUGCUAUGACUCCAGCCUUUUCGCUGACCUCAGCCUCACAACCUGUUCCAACACUUUCUAAAUCCGUGAAUUCGCGCAGACAGAAAAAGAAGAAAAAGUUAGGCGGAUUCGGAUAG